AUGAUUACCGACGCCAUCGUGGUGUCCACACCGGGAGCACCAUUCAAAUAUCAGCAAGUCGAGCUCAAUGACGAGCUGCGACCCGAUGAAGCACUAGUACGGAUCAAAGCUACAGGCGUGUGCCAUACGGAUUUGAACUUCGCAAAGGAGGCUUCUAUGCCAGACUUGUUCCCAGGCGUCCUUGGUCACGAAGGUGCCGGCGUUGUGGAACGCGUUGGCUCGGAAGUCUCCAAAGUGGCGGUGGGAGACCACGUCGUCGUCGUCUUCUCCUGCUGUGGAAAAUGCAAGUACUGUGAACGCAAGCAGUCGUCGUACUGCGAUUUCUGGUUCCAGUACAAUUUCGGGAUCGGGAGGCUCGACGGGUCAAAAGUGUUUUCCGAUCCGAAAGAUGGCAAACGAAUCACAAGUCACUUCUUUGGACAGAGCAGCUUCGCGAGGCAUAUUCUGGUAUCGCAGAACGGGUUGGUAAAGGUCGACAAGAGCAUCCCAUUCGAGAAGCUGGCGCCACUGGGAUGUGGAGUGAUGACCGGGGCUGGAGCCAUGCUAAACGUGGUCAGUCCGAGCUCGGACGAGUCCGUCGUCGUCGUGGGCGCCGGAGCCGUCGGGUUAUCAGCGAUAAUGGCACUCAAGACAGUUGAAAAGCCGCCAAAGAGAAUUAUUGCUGUCGACAUAGUACCUGCGCGUCUGGAGUUGGCCCGGUCCUUUGGUGCGACUCACGGUGUCAAUUCGAAAGUUCGGCCGGAGCUGAUGAAAGUGCUCAUGGACAUAACCGACGGGCGAGGCGUCGACGGGGCAAUCGAGACCACAGGGAGGCCAGAAAUCAUCAAGGAGCUGAUCCAUGCCGCUGCGCGUAAGGGGAAAGUUGUCACGGUCGGUGUCGGCGAUCUCUCCGCCGAAGCCUCGGCCAACAUCUUUGAAAUGGUCAAUGCAGGAUGCAGCUAUGUCGGCUGCUGUCAAGGCGACUGCUACCCUCAAGAAUUCCUGCCUACAUUGUUGGCAGCAAACGAGCAGGAAAAGUUCCCCUUUGAUCAGCUCAUCACGACAUACCCUGCCAAAGACAUUGAACAGGCGGCGCACGAUAUACAUAGCGGCAAGACAGUCAAGGCGGUAUUGCUCUGGGAUUGA